CUCUCCCUCUCUCUCUCUCUCUCUCUCUCUCUCUCUCUCUCCUGAAUCAAUAAUUCACCUAAAAAAGAAAAACCAAGAACAAGCUAGGGUUUUGGAUUCUCCCUUUUUUUUCCCCAUUUAUUUUACGAAAUCGAUGUUAUGCUCGCUGUUGAAGCGCGGAAUAGGGCAUCUGUGCAGAUACGCGUUGAGGUUUCUUGACAGGUCGAUUUCGCGAGUAAUGGGCUGCUUCUUCGGUUGCUUUCGGGUCAAGGACGAUCGCCACCUUCGCUCUCGGCCUCACCUUGUUUCUCAGUCCUCUCGUAACCCCCAGACGGAAGUUGUGAUAUCUCAAAACCGUUUGUCUUCUCUAUUUUUAGCUGAAGAGAAAGAAGGUUCUCCAAUCAAAGAUAGGGAAAGUGCUUCUUAUGUGUCUCCACAAAUUGACAAGGAGCGCAGGAAUGAGGCCAAGUUUCUUAAAGCUUGUGGCACCAUAGCUGAAACACCAGCUGAAAUUCGUAAAGUGUCUUCAAGGUUGAAUGGCUCACCCCAUCGUGAUAGAGAUUCAGAGCCUCCAAAAUUCAACUCACAGCUUCCAAACACAUCCAUUAAAAAUCUUCAGCAAGAGUUGGAUCAACCAGAUCAGCCCCCUACGCCUAUGAAGUUCAAUGAAGAGUGGGGAAAGGGUUCAGGUCCUUCUGAGCAAACGCCUAGCAGUUUUGUAUCGAACCAACAGAAUAAUGGUAGGACCACAAUCAGCUCUUCUGGAGGCAGCGGAAUAGGUACUGAUUCAACAGUCAAGAGUCAUACUAAUCGGACUGAGAAUAUUACAACUCCAGAUGUCCAGUUCAGAAGCAAGGCUGUUCGCUUUGAUUGCAAUAAUGAUACAAAUUCCUCCAGAGGUUCUUCAUCCGAAAAUUAUAACCAGAGUUUCAAAGUAUGUGAAACUCCAGGAAAACAGAGCAUAUCAAAGCCUUCAGUUUAUCCAACCCCACUAACCCUUUCUGAUGAGAUGCAGACACCAGGAACCGUUUUCCCUGCAAACCCGGAAAACUUUCCAAAUGGAAAGGCUCGAAUCAGGUCCCAGUACGUGUAUUCAGUGCAAAACCCUGGAGACGGCAUCUCUCAACAGAAUGUACUGAAAGACGAAGAUCCUAACUCACAUGGACUUUCUGUUGAGCAAAGAGAAUCUCUUAACCACUGGGGAAAUGCAACUCCUAUAUCAAAAGAGCGGGCGAAACAAAUUUCAUCUGGACAAGAGGUCAAUGUGGAAUCAAGUUUGUGCACCUGGUUGAAGCCAGUAACUCAAGAUAACAACAAUCAGUUUGGUUAUGUUCCCAGCCAAACUCGUCAUUUUGGAAGAACUCCUGGGGACAGGCCUAUCAUUGGACUUGUUGCUACUCACUGGAACGAAGAUAAGCCUACUCGUGUCUCACCCAAGUGGUGGGAUGGGAACGGAAUUCCAAACUCAACAAAUAAAUACAAGGAGGAUCAGAAAGUGAGUUGGCACGCAACUCCAUUUGAAGAAAGAUUGGAAAAGGCAUUGUCCGAAGAGAGUUUCAUCUCUCAGAGAAAAAAUAUUGAGGGGAAGCCGAUUGUUUUUGACGAGAAUGAUGAGAGCGAUACAGCCCUUUCUCAGUUGCAAUCUUCAUCGCAGCCGAAAUCAGUGGUUUCGUUCUGAUGACAGUGGUGGUGUUAUCCCAUUUUGUUGCUUGCUCCACAAGAUACUUGUUGUGGUGAGAAAAAUGAGCUCUUUAGAAAAACCCUAGAUUUGAAGUUUGUUGGAUACAUGGUGAAAUUGGUAAUUGGCUUUUGCAUCAAAAAGCCAAUGAAGUGGAUUCUGGAAAGUUUUAUUACUGUGUCAACAUAGUCAUGCUAUGGCAGCAUACUGAACUGCUUAUAAUGUGUACAGAGGUAUUGGAAAUUUCUCUCAAAAUUCUGUGAGGUUCUUAA